UACACUUCUGCGCGCCUUUGAAUUGCAGUACGAUGCACACCAGAGUCUGUCUGAAAUGGGAUACUGAGACAACACUACCUGUGCUCACUGCCUGAGCAGCACAGUGUCAGACGAAAAGAAGAACUCACCGGUCUGGAGUCUGUUUUUCUGCAUGGCAAAGUCAGAGAGAGGGUGUGCUGCAUCAGGACUGAGCACACCGGAGCCGGACUCUGGUACAGCACACAGUGGCGUCAGUCAUGUUAACCACCCGGACAUGUCGUUGAUAAAAACAGAAACUGAUGUCGGCUGUACCGAUACUGGGGGUCUUAUAAAGACAGAGCACAUGGAUAGUACAGAGCUGGAAUAUGCAACUCAGCUCCAUCCCGAUCAAAUUAAAACAGAGACUGAAGACGGAGACUACAUUAAAGCAGAGCCAGACAUUGACUUGAAGGAUUUUAAUCUUGUUAAGAUUGGAUUUGAUGAAGUGAAAUGUGAAUCCAGUGAAAUUGUUGUAAGUAAUCAUGUGAAUGGAACUGGGGCUGAUUGCAAAGCCCACAUUGAAACAUUGCAAAGUCCUGGAGAACUCAGCCCAUUUUAUGAAAAUGAUAUAAUAAUUAAUAACAAGGAGACAGUUCAUUGUGAUAAUUUAAAUCACCACCACGAAAUACACAAAUCGGUUGUUCAGAGUAGCUUUGUCCAGAAUAGUAUGCAUCUAGUUGGGACUUACAAUUUGAUACCUCAAAAGAAAAUCAAUUCUGGUGACGAAACACACGUCUGUAGCAUCUGUGGAAAGAAUUUUACUCAGGCAUUUUGUUUAAAACAACAUAAGAGAAUUCACGCAGUUGAAAAGUCAUAUAAGUGUGACCAGUGUGGAAGGUGCUUUAAAAAACCAUCUCACUUAAAUCAACACCAGAUCAUUCAUUCAAAUGAAAAACCACAUAAAUGUAGCCAGUGUGGGAAGUGUUUCAAUCAGGCCUCAACAUUAAAACAACACCAGAGAAUUCAUACAAAUGAAGAACCUUUCAAGUGUACGCAGUGUGGUAUGGGUUUUAAAGAAGUGCAGAAUUUAAAACGGCAUCAGAGAAUUCAUACAGGUGAAAAGCCAUACCAGUGUUCCCAGUGUGGUAAGUGUUUUAAUCAGGUGUCUAAUUUAAAUCAACAUCAGAGAAUUCAUUCAAAUGAAAAAACAUACAAUUGCACCCAGUGUGGCAAGUGUUUUAAUGAGGCAUCUCAUUUAAAUCGUCACCAGAGGAUUCAUUCAGGUGAAAAACCAUAUAAUUGUAAUCAGUGUGGGAAGAGUUUUAAUCAGGCUUCCAAUUUAAAACAACACCAGAGGAUUCAUUCCAAUGAAAAAACUUACAAAUGUAGCCAGUGUAGUAAAUGUUUUAAACAGGCAUCUUCUUUAAAUAAGCACCAGAGACUUCAUAAGUGAAGAAUAUAAAUGUAGUACUGCUGAUUCAGUUGGUGCAUAACAUAGUUGUUAAAAAUUCCCCAGAUUGUCUACUGUGUUGAAAAGUUUCAGCUCUACUGCACCUGAAUGAAGUUCUAAUGUAAGAAACCUCCUUGUAAAAUGACUAGAGUAUUAUUUCAUGUGAAAAACACAUACCUGUGCCUUUUGAUCCUUUUCAUAAAAGCAAAUAAAUUAAGAGUGUUAUAGACAUGUUGAAUCUGAGCAUAUUUCUCAUUUCAAAACCACAAUGCCAAAUGGUCAAAAUUUGUUUUGGGGAGGAGAAGAAAUAAUUUGAGAGCAUCAGAAGCAGAUUUUUUUUCCCAAGUUAAAGUUUACAUGCUACAGUAAAACAAUUUAAGUACUGGCUUAUGUGAAAAACACAGCUCAGUACUGGGAAUGAUGAGUUUUGUCACAGCAGAUGCACUGAAAGAAUGCCUGAGAAGAAUUUCAGGUUGUGAAUUACACAGCUUUACAAACUUCUGAAAGAUUUGUUUAUGUAAAUGGUUGAUCACCAGGUAACAGAUUAGGAAAUAUCUUAGAAAUUUUUAAAUUCUGAGGAAAUUAAAUAAAUUAAUAACCAAAAGUGCAUGGCCAAAACAACACUGCUGUCCUAAUUAAUAUCUGUUUUACUGUGAUCAAUAAACUGGGGACAACAAGCGGAUUAUGAUUGUAAUGGUUCAAAUUUUUUAUCAAUGGUGGAGCAACACGAGAAAAAAAAAAAAAGAAAUUUCACUGUACUGGUUACACAUUUUACAAUAAACACAGGGGUUAUUGUUGUACCUUUGGGCAAGGUAAUUAACCUGCAGUUGCCUCACUGAAUACCUACAUGUAUAAAUAACAUGUAAAAAUUGUAAUCUAUGUAAGUCGCGCUAGAUAAAAGCAUCUACAAAUAAUGAUUUUUUUUCAGUACAGUAUUCCAUUUUAUCUUUGGAGUGUGCAUUUACCAAGGUGGCUAAGAUAUCUCUCAGGCUUUAAGGACUGAAAGCAAUAAGCAAACAUAAACCCAUCAUAUCCUCAAAAUACAGGUUAAGACAAUUGAAAUGAUGGUGGCCUACUUGAUGCAGGGUGCUUUCCCACUUUAUGCAACCCUGUUUGGAAUUACUAAUCGCACAUUAGGCUCAUUUCACCACAGCAAUCUCUGCACUCGUAGAGGAGCAUUGAAGUAUGAGGAAUGCAAUCCUCUAAUACGCAGCCACACAGCCGGCUACUGCUUCCAGCACACGGUGCAUCAUAGUGAAGCGGGUAUUCAUCGGAUUACACAGGUUACCACGAUCACUGAUGUGAUCCAUGCAAAUCACAUCUAUUUGAUGCCUCAGGACACCCUGGUCAACAUACUCAUACCCUACACGCAGUGGAAUGAAGACUGUUUUUUCCCCCUAUUUGUUUAAAUUGCAAAAAUUACUUAAAAUGGGUGCGCCUGUAAACACUACAAAACAGCUCAUGGACAAUCAAACAAGGCGUGUUUUAUGA